AUGCAGGCACGUGCGGUCUGCCCCGAUAAAAGGGGCCAGGACAAGGACUCGGACUAUUGCCUGGACAUUGAGGUGGAGAGACAAGCCGGGACGAUGGAUCCCGCAUACACCGGGGUGUACUAUGCGGAGACCCCAGAACUGUCUGCGCCCAGACCCUCCAUCUCCAUCAGCCCCAGCGGGGUGAUCGCCCUGGGGGCAGCUGUCACCAUCCGCUGUCAGUGUCGGUGCGAGGCCAGGAGGUUAUUUGUGUAUAAAGGUGGAAUCGAAAUCCGGGAGCCAGAUGCUGCGGGGGACAGGGGUGAAUUCACCAUCCCCAGCACCAGACGGGAAGACGGAGGGUUCUACAAGUGCCAAUCUCACUCCAGAUCGGAGCUGCCCAGCUGGUCGGAUCCCAGUGACAUCGUGCGGAUCAUUGAGACCUACUACCCCAAACCCUCCAUCUCCCUGCUCUCCAGCGGGGGGGUCAUCCUGGGGGGAGCUGUGACCAUCCACUGUCGGGGUCGGCACCAGAACGCGAUGUUCCUUCUGUACAAAGAUGGAAACCUGAAGAUGCUGCAGGAUGCGGAGCCUGCUCAGGACAUGGCUGAGUUUCCCAUCAGCAACGUGAACCAGGGAGACGCAGGGAGCUACAGCUGCCGAUAUAGCAACAAAUUGGACCCGCCCGUCUGGUCAGAGCCCAGCGACCCUCUGGAGCUGCUGGUAGCAGAGCUCAGCUACCCGAAACCCAAUAUCUCCCUGAGCCCCAGCGGGGGGGUCUCCCUGGGGGGAGCCGUGACUGUCUGGUGUCGGGGGCAGCGCCGGGGCAUGCGGUUCAUGCUGAAUAAAGAGAGAAGCCAUUUCCCACCUGUGGAUUCGAACGGGUUUCAGGCUGUGUUUCGCAUCAAAAAUGUGAGCCGGGAGGACGGCGGGAACUACAGCUGCUCCUAUCACAGAGGAUCGGAGCCGCUUGCCGUGUCGUACCCAAGCGACCCCAUGGAGCUGGUGGUGAGAGAUCCGAACUUACCCAGACCCUCCAUCUCUCUGAGCCCCACUGGGGUCACUGCCCCAGAGGCAGAUGCCACCAUCCGGUGUCAGGGGCAGCGCCGGAACAUGACGUUCUUCCUGCACAAGGCCGGAGACCUGAACCCGCAGCAACAGAUGGACCCUGGUGUGGACGGGGCCGAGUUCCGCAUCCCCACCGUGGGCCGGCAGCAUGGAGGGAACUACAGCUGCAGCUACCGGCCCCAACCAGAGCCCUUCGUCUCCUCGCAGCUCAGCGACACCGUGCAGCUGGUGGUAGCAGCAGCCCCCCUGGAUUUCACCAACACCAACAUCGCCCGCCUGGGGCUGGGUGCCACGGUCCUGCUCGUCCUGGGGCUGAUCCUGGCUGAGGCCUAUUACAGCCGCCCAAGGGGGACCCCCUAG